AUGGCUGGUAUGAAACUUCACUUUGUUAUUGAAAUUUUUCUAGUUGGGCUGCAGUUAAUGGCUACCAUGGAUUACACAGUGGCUCAGACAGGAGUCUGUUAUGGAGGUCUCGGGAGCGCGUUGCCACCAGCAUCCGAAGUUAUCUCCCUAUACAACGAGAACAACAUCCAAAGAAUGCGAAUCUAUGACCCAAACCAGCGUACUCUUGAUGCUCUAAUAGACUCCAACAUUGAGCUCAUGCUAGGUGUCCCAAACACUGACCUUCAGAAUCUUGCUUCAAAUCAAGAAAAUGCAAAUUCUUGGAUCAAAAACAAUGUUAUAAACUAUCCUAAUGUUAGGUUUAGAUACAUUGCAGUUGGAAAUGAAGUCAGUCCGUUAAAAACUGGACCAGAUGGCACAGCACAGUUUGUCCCAUUUGUUCUUCCUGCCUUACAAAAUGUACAAAAUGCAAUUUCUGCAGCUGGACUUGGGAACCAGAUUAAGGUUUCCACUUCUAUUGAAACAGGAGUACUGGGAAAUGCUUAUCCACCAUCGGACGGUGAAUUUAAGUCCGACGUUCGAUCAUUUCUUGAUCCAAUCAUCGACUUCUUGGCGAAAAAUGGGGCCCCUUUACUCGUAAACAUAUACCCAUAUUUUGCACACAUGUAUGAUAAAAAUAUUGACCUCGAUUAUGCUCUUUUCAAGUCGUCUGGAGUUGUAAUGCCUGAUGGAACGCAGUAUCAGAAUCUUUUUUAUGCCAUUUUAGAUGCCACGUAUGCAGCACUUGAAAAGGCUGGUGGCUCAUCUCUUGAAAUCGUUGUUUCAGAGAGUGGUUGGCCAUCGGAUGGAGGAGAUGCAACGUCGAUUGAUAAUGCAAGGACUUACAAUACGAAUUUGCUGCAGCGUGUAAAGGACGGGAGCCCGAAAAGGCCUGGAAAGAAUAUAGAAACUUACAUUUUUGCUAUGUUUGAUGAAGAUCAGAAAAGCCCUGAAUAUGAGAAGCAUUGGGGACUUUUUCUACCAAACAAACAAGCCAAGUACCCAAUCAGCUUUAACUAG